ACAACAAACGGAGCGAUUUCUCAACUCACCUCCUUCCAUCAAUUGCUCUGGUCGGCAACGGACAACGUCUUCGCCGUCCUUGGCGUUUACAAUUUGUAAAGGAAUUCCUGCUGCACAUCGUUAUAAUUUAUUAGAGAAGCAUGUACCAUCCAAGAGGGAAUAACGCGUAUGGGCAGGGGCAACAGCAACAGCAACAGCAACAGCAGCAAUCUUACUCUGGUCAAUCUGCUUUUGGUCAAAAUUUGGGGCCUGAUGGGGGGGACUCUCAGAUGUCCAUGUCUUCACGGCAUUCUGCCAUGUUAGGUGGUCAUCCAUCUGCUGGAGCUCAUUAUGGUGGUCAGUAUACUUCUAUGUAUGGUUCAGUGUCGCUCAGCAGUGCUCUACAGGCUACUGGUGCAAGUGCCAAAGGAUCUGGAUCAUCUGCUUUGGAAGGUCGUAGUGCUUAUGGUUCAUCCAUGCAAGAGUCACCAAAAUUUGCAUCUGGUGACUACUCUGUGCUUAACAAGAAGUAUGGUCAAAAAGGGGAGCAAAUGUUCACUGAUAAGCUUUCUGAUUAUCCACCAGGGGAUAGACGCCAGUAUGUGGAAAGGCCAAGUGUUUAUUCUGUCCGAGAUUCGCAAAAUGAGCCAACUGCUAGGUUUAGUGAUUCAGUUGCUUUUGGUCAUCACCAACAUCAGCCGGACAUAUAUGAUCGCUUGGAUGCUGCAUCAGCACUGCGAAAGGAAUUGUUACAGGCUCAUACACUCCAAUCUUCUUCUAUUGAAGGGAGUUCUAGACAAGCGGAUUAUAUAGCAGCAAGGACGGCUACGGUUCGUCAUGCUGGUCAAGAAUUUUUGCCUUAUAGUGGGAGAAUGGAUCAUGAUCCUAACACUUUGUCAAUGAUGAGUGGUCUGUCACAUCGUUCCCAACAUGCUCCAUCAAUACUAGGGGCAGCUCCACGAAGAGAUGUGGAUGAUCUUUUGUAUCCUCCUAGCUCUGCAAAUUCUGGUUAUGGAGUAAGCCUACCACCUGGCAGGGACUAUGCUUCAGGAAAGGGUCUUCAUACUACACCCCUUGAGCCAGAUUAUCCAGGUGGUAUUUUGGCACGUGCUGGUUAUGCAAGGCUUGAUGAUCGUAAAGAUGAUAGGGGACAUGCUCGGGAACUUGAGCGAAGAGAUGAAGAACGUCGUAGGGAGCUUUUGCGGGAGAGAGAGAAAGAACGUGAACGUGAACGCGAACACGAACGUGAGCGCGAACGAGAAAGAGUACGUAAAAGGGAACGGGAACGGGAACGGGAACUUAUCUUGGAGCGCCGUGGAAAGAAGAGAGAGAGGGAGUCCAAACGUGUUACUGAAAUUAGGCGUGAACGAACUCCACCCAGAAUCUCUAGGGACCGAGGUGGUUCGUCAUCAACAAAGGCCGAGAGAUCAUUUCGACGGGAGUCACCACGUAUUGAAGCUUCGCAUAGGCGUCGUUCUCCUGUUAAAGAAAAACGAAGAGAAUAUGUCUGCAAGGUCUAUUCAUCCAGUUUAGUAGAUGUUGAGAGAGACUAUUUGUCUAUUGAUAAGCGGUAUCCUAGGCUAUUUACUUCUCCAGAAUGUUCAAAGGUAUUUAAGCUUUUGCAUCAACUGCUUUUCUUCUCCAUAUUUGAUGUUAACAUGAGUGCUAACUUGCUGCAGGUGAUUGUUAAUUGGUCAAGGGAGAAUCUUAAAAUUCCAUUGAAUGUCCCUGUCAGUUUCGAACAUGAUUUUGUUCAAGAUGAUAAGGAAACUCAACAAAAAGAGGCAUCCACUGCAAAAAUGGUUGAUGACCCUGUAAAAUCAGAGCAUGGAAGUACACGGUGGAAUGCAAAGGUGAUAUUGAUGAGUGGGCUUAGCCGUAAUGCUUUGGAGGAGCUAUCAUCUGAAAGAGAUUAUGAGGAUCGCAUUCCCCAUUUUUGCAAUAUGCUUAGGUUUGCUUGUCUUAAGAAUGGGAAUGCUUUAAUGGCAAUUGGAGGCUUGUGGGAAACUGUUGAUGGCAAUGAUCCUUCAGUUGACAGAUCCACUCUGGUUCAGACGGCUCUAAGGUAUGCCAAAGACCUCACAGGACUUGAUUUGAAGAAUUGCCAACAUUGGAAUCCUUUCCUGGAGAUUCAUUAUGAUCGGGUUGGGAAAGAUGGUCUUUUUAGCCAUAAGGAGGUUACCGUACUCUUCAUUCCUGAUUUAUCAGAUUGUUUACCUUCAGUAGAUGCAUGGAGGGAUCAGUGGCUUGCCCACAAGAAAGCUAUUGCUGAGCGAGAGCGUCGGCAUGCUCUUAAAAGAGAGAUAUCUCAAGGAAAGAAGGAAGGAUUGAAAGAUAAGGAACCUGGGACAACCAAAGAUCUGAAGAAUGAUGCAAAACCAGAAAAAAAGAAAGCAUCUGGAUUAUCUGGGUCGGCAUCAAAACUCAUUGAAAAGGCAAAAGGUAAAGUAAAAGAAUCUGGAAAAGAGGGGGUUCAAAGCAAUACGGUAAUGGAGAAGAAAGGUGGGGUUGAGACAAUUGGUGAAGGCGAUAAUUCUGAAAAGAUAAAUCCGAUAGAAGUUGUUCCUGUUCAGACGACUGGUAGUGGGAAAAAGAAAGUUAUAAGAAAAGUUGUAAAAAAGAAGGUUGCUGAAAAAGAUAAAGCUGGAAAAGCAGCCGAACAAAGUGAUACAUUAGUUCCUAAGAAGGUGGGAGAGACUACUACAAACACAGUGGCUGCUAAUCGAGACGAAGAGGCAUCUGGUAAUCCUUCCGCUGUUAAGACUUUUACAAGGAAGAAAGUUACCAAAAAGGUUCCUGUGACAAAAGCCGUGAAGAAAGAAGAUGAAGGCACACAAUCUGAGGUGAUACCAGUUAAAGAGCAAGAGAACUCUGAAAAUAAGCCAAAGAAUGCAGAUGCAGGCAGUGCAAGUGGGAAGACAACCAUCAAGAAGAAAAUAAUCAAAAGGGUUACUAAGAGAAAGGUUGUUGCCAAGGUUGCCAACAAUAAGGAUAACGUGGCAGAGGAAGCAGGAAUAACUACUGGGGAGCAAAAUUUAACAUUAGGCAACAAGGAAAGUGAAGUCAAAGUAGAAAGCAAUGAAUCAGUCUCAAAGACAAAGGCUCCAAGUGUGGCCCCUGAGAAGAACAAGAAUGGGGGUGAUCUAGUUAAAAAUGAAAUCAAGGGUGAAAAUAAUCGUGAAAAGGAAGAGAAGAAGGGUAAAGUGGAUAGUGGUUCUUCAUCCAAAAUGAAGUCUGACAAUAAGAAAUUAAAAGAUGGAGAGAAAUCUAAGGAGGGAAAAGUGAGAAAAGACAAUGACGGUAAAGCAGAAUCGAAGGGUAAAGAAGUGAAAGAUAAGAAAAAGGAUGAAGAGCCUCCUAGGCAUCCUGGGUUGCUUCUCCAAACAAAAGAGAACAACAGUUCUAAAUUGCGUUCAUUGUCACUUUCACUGGAUUCCCUCCUGGGUUAUGAUGAUAAUGAUAUUGAAGAAUCGACAUUUGAGUUAUCGCUAUUUGCUGAAACAAUUUAUGAAAUGCUUCAGUAUCAAAUGGGUUCUCGGCUUUUAACGUUUCUCCAGAAAUUACGGAUCAAGUUUGUGGCUAAAAGAAACGAAAAGAAGAGACAAUUGGAAGAAAUUUCUGCGAAGGAGAAGGAAAAAGUGAAAACAUCCACCAAGCGUAUAAAAACUGAUAAUUCCACAGUGGAAAACAAAUCUGUUGAAACUGAACCACUGGUAGAAGCCAUCAAGGAGGAUGAAAAAACUAUUACCAAGGUGGAAAAUAUGCUUACUGAGAAUGUAGAAAACACAAAACCAGAAGGUGAGGAUCCCGAAGAGGAUCCUGAAGAGGAUCCCGAAGAAGAUCCCGAAGAAGAUCCUGAAGAAGAUGAAGAUAUGACUGAUGCAAGCCCUAAAGAUGACACAGAGAAUGAGGAGAAGGCCGCUGUUGAGAAAGUUGGCAUAGAUGUGAAGUCCAAAAAUGUGGACAAGAAGGUGAAAGUUGAACAAGAGGGGGAUGGCGAAGAAACUGUGAAUUCAAAUGUUAAAUUGGAGGAUGCAGAUAAACAGGAAAAGGAAAAGGCAAAGGUGGAUGUAAAAAAUAAAGAAAACAUCGACAAGGAACUUUUGCAGGCUUUCAGGUUUUUUGACCGAAAUCGAGUUGGCCACAUCAGGGUUGAAGAUAUGCGGUUGAUCAUCCAUAAUUUGGGGAAUUUCUUGUCCCAUAGGGAUGUCAAGGAACUCGUUCAAAGUGCACUUCUGGAAAGCAACACCGGGAGAGAUGACCGCAUUCUGUACAAUGAACUGGUGAGGAUGUCUGACAUCUGAAAUGAUAAAGAGCUUCUUGAACUAGAUUUUUUAUGGGCGAUUUCCUGAAGAAACACAUUGUUGAUUAAAAUCAUCAACCUUUGCCUUCGAAGAACACAUGUAUAUCUCAUCCAUACAUGAUCGGCAUGUAUGCCUUUCUGUAGACUUUGUAACCAUACUUUUGAGCAGGUUAUAAGAUUCUUUUAGGUAUUUUGAAAGACAAGAACAAAAAACAAACAUGUUUUUGUUUUACUUCUAACCAGUCAGUCAAAAUUUAUUGUUUAUGAACCAAAA